UCAGUUUUGAACUGGCCAGCAAUGUUAUGACAAGUCGGUGGAUCUAAGAGGGAAGCUUCCUGCAAGAUAUCUCUUCAUGAUGAAGUGCCCAAGCUGUGAUCAUGUGGCUGUGGAGCAAAAUGCAAAGUUCUGCAGCCAGUGUGGUUAUAAGUUGUCUGUGCCGGCCUCUGCUAGUGUAAAAGAAAAGCUUCCAGAUCCCUUAGUCAUUUCUCAGACUGGUGAUACAGAGAUGGUUGAACCUAAAACUGAUUCUACUGGCUUGGACAGUCAUCUAUCAACUACAAGUCCCAAGCGGCCAAAUGAAGAGAGAAACUGUAACCCAAAGAAAAAGAGGAAGAAGAAAAAGAAAAGCAAAAAAAAGACCACUGGGCAGGAUUGUCCUGUGUCUUUGAGCUCCAAUCUCUCUGACAUCUCACUAACUGAAACACAGAUGGAGAAUGACCAGGAAGAAGCAGGCUCUUCUGAAAGUGAGAGUUCAGUCUGUGCAAUGGAAGAGACACCAGACUCUCUGUCUGACACAUCUGAUCAGUCUAAGCACCAGAGCAACACAUCUGCAGAAGAAUCUGUUGCCAGUCAACCAGAGAAUACUACAGCCGCUCAAACAGCUCCUAACAGUGCUUUGACAAUCAACACAGAAAAUACCCAACUUCCAGUUCAGGAAAAAGCUCAGGACACAGUGGAAUGUGCUGCUUCCCAAAGCAAGGAGACACAUACACUCCAGACCCCUCUAAAAUCCACUCCGGUCCCUGAUGUGGACAGUGAGACUACAGUCUCACAGGAACAAAACCAGCGCACUGAUACAUGUCAGCAGGCUCACCCAAAAGGCAACAAAGGCAAAAAAGACCGAUCAAACAAACUGCAAGCCAAAGCAGAUGAAAAUGCUAAUGUGGAUGAGAAUGCUAACCAGAGUGGUUUACAUGACCAAGAAAUGAAUGCUCAUCAGGAUCUGCAAGGCAGGAAAUCUUCUUUUAGCGGAGAGGGAAUGAUGUUUGGCCCACAGAGCAGAGCUGAGAUGAAGAACAAGGGCUCUAGUGUAGAUCCACCAGUUACAGUAGAAAAGAGACAAACCCAGGGUUCUGCUUGUGAAACAGGGGAUGGUUCUUCUGGUUCUGAGAGUUCGGAAUCUAAGACAGAGAAGACCAGUGAAAGCUCAGAAGGCACAAAAGAACACAAGGAUAAAAAAACACCCAACAGAGUUCCUGUGUCAAAGCAGCAAAUUCCUUCAAGUGAGAGACUCACGAUUUAUUUUCAUGCAGUCCUGUCAAAGGACUUCAAAUUUGACCCUCAGGAGGACUCUAUCUUCAUUAGAGCUGGAGGUAGCCUUGGUGACUGGAAGUCUGACUUGACAGAGCUCAGUGUAUCACGAGAUUAUGGGGACCAUGGAUAUUUUGUGAAUGGCAAACUGUCAACAACGACCAAGGCAGUAUCUGUAUCCAUACCAUACAAGUACAUAGUGUAUAAAAAAAAGAAAGAUAAAUAUGAAUAUGAAUACAUCUAUAAGCUGGACUCAACCAAAACAACCAACAGGUGUCUUUUUGUCAAACAACAUUUGCUCAACGAAGAAGGAGAAUGGCAUCAGUAUGAUGACAUUAUCUGUGCACCACCCUCCACGAGUCUGCUGAAAGCAUUGAAGGAAAAAUUCUUGCCAGAGCAGAGAAAAAGUGUCCUCCAAGGCAGAGAAAUCGCUGGAACGAUUAUGCUAGAAAACAUCUUUGACCUGCUGAAAAGCUGGACUGUCCAAAACUUCAAGAGUUUUCUCACCCAACUUAAACAGUUUUAUGAGAUCUAUGGAAAGCCUUUUGUGUAUGAAGAGACACAAAAACCAUGGUACUCCUUGGAAUACAAUGAAAAAGAUGUGAGCAAUCUCUUAAAGCAAUUCAUGCUUGCGAAAGUGACUCAACAAUUGAAGAAAGACGGUGAUGGAAAGAGUGGUUUCAUUGAAGACCCCUUCAAGGCUGCACUUGUCAUGCUCUAUAUGUGGAAACAGUACACUCUGAAGUUGGACAGUGGGGAGCUUGCCAAGCUUUGCACUGCCCUUUGCUUGCCAAAAUCUUCUAAAGAAGAAUUCCUUUCAUUCUGGACAGAUACUGAGCAAUCGUUUUCAUGUGUGAAAAGUUUGUCUGAAAUGGUGAUGUUAUUGAUGAACACUGUGAAGUCACGAGGGAUGAUGCAUUGGAUCGUUGUGAUUCCACUGUUCCACCUACUCAAGGGAAUGUCAAAACCAUUUGAACCUGUCUCAUCAAUGGUCAACCCUAGAUAUGAGUGGUCCUGGGCUGGUUUGCGAGGCAUAGAAUCAACCAGCAUUUCUACUAUCACGCCACAGGAUAGAAGGGCUAUGCUGAAACUCAUGAAAUCUAACGGGCACUUGGUUGAGGUUGACAGACUGUUACCCCGAUCUUGGAUGUUCCUGCUGACUUUAGAUGACUUGGUGGAAUGCAGCAGCAUCCUUGCCGUGGAUCUCUUAGACCUGCUAUUUGUCUUCGUUAUUAAAUCUCCUGCUGAGAUUUCCUACAGUGACUUCUCUAGUGUGUCAGAACUAAUUGCACAUAUUCAAAGCUGUCUACUCGGACAAAAAUACGGAUGUUCAAAUGAGGAUUAUGGAAGAGAGUGCUUAGCAGCUGCACUAAAACUCCUGGAAAAGAUCUGCAAAGCCGUGAAACCUCCAACUUACUCAAGGGACUACACUACCAUUCCAGUUGCUUGCAUGAGCAUGGUGAUCUCUGUCUCAGUCUUUGCUGAGACUCAUCAUGGAGAAACAACACAAGGUGUAGGCACUCUGUCACAGAAGACUACAGAUCUGCUUAUUGAUGCCAAGGAACUUGUGAGAACCUGGAUUGGUCAAACCUUCAAAGCCCCCUUGUUGAACAAAAGUUUUGCAAGUGCUACACCAAAUCUCACACCAGAGAUUGAGAUGUGGAACAACAUAAUAUCCUUCAGUUUCAAAAGUGAGGAUCUCACGAAGGAGUGGAAGCAGACAUUUGCUAGAGAUUUUGAGGGGAAAUUUCAGCAGGAGUCUUCUUUAGAUCAAAUCGCUAUCUAUUGCUCAAAGUUCGAGGAACUGAAUGACUCACAUCCACAUGUGGCUGGAAGUAUAGAAAAAUGUGCCCUCCAGGCUGUUACAUCAAUAUGCCAGGCCAAGUCUGAGGGGAGACUUUUUGAAAGAAUUGGACAAUUCAUAACUGGAGCAAACAGGAAGUUUGGAAAGCUUGUGUCAAUAAUCAUACAAAAAUCCUGGCCAAGAGAUGAUCAUGGGCAGUUUCAGGAUGAGCAGGAGGUGAUCCUACAGCACCUUCUGAACUGGACAGCAGCCAAGAACAUCUUUCAGCUCCAUGGUGCUGAUGAACAGUUGAUCGAACAACUAUCUGAUGAGGCCAAAGAAAGAAUGGCUGUAGCAACCUCAUCAUUUGUUAGCAUCUCUGACCAGUUAAUCAGAGGAAACAUAAAGAUAAAGCUUCUCAAACACAUUUUGGGAAGGAGGGACACAUUCUCUGAGCUACUGAAUAUAGAAUGUCUAUGUCCAAAUGUGCAUUGCAAAGGCAUUUCCAUGAGGAGGCUACUUCAGAGGAGGCAAGAGGAAGUUGAAGCCAUACAGCAUGAGAAAGACCUUGUGGAGGUCCUGCUCGCAAUGUGUCGCAUGCUACAGGAGCAUGUUCCAGUUGACCUUAGUCAGUUAGAAGAAAAACACCAUGUUGAUACUGAAGAUAUGGACCUGGAUGCGUUCAUGGAGGUUCAUCCACUCGACCAACUCUCCUCUCCAAUGGCUGGUGUGGUCACAUAUUUUGAUCUUGAUAAGGACAUUAAAUCCAUGGCGGAAUAUCUGCUUACUUAUAAAGAGAGCUACAUUUUCAAGAUGUGUUGGGAGAAUCAGGCUAAACAAUUGGUCCAACAAAGCAAGGAUGAUUGUGAGUCUGAAGAGGAAGAGGAGGAAGAAGAACCUGAACAAAAUGUUGGUGUGAUUGCCACACCUGAUGUAGUACAUGAUGACAUUUUUCAACCGUGUAAAGAGAGGUACAAAGAGAUCUAUGCAAGCCUCAGAAAUGGUAGCAUUAAGCUUGAAGACGUCGAUGUCAUAUUCAAAGCCUACAAAAGCAAGUAUGAGGAACUUGCUGAGGAAAUUGCAAUAAUGUGCAAACUGGAUCCUUCUGAUGAUAGACGUUGGAUCCAGAGAAAGGUCCAACAGAUUGAACAGUACCAUGAGCUCCAUUUGGCUGUUGAGUCCGCUCAAGUGGUCAUGAUGGUUAAGGAGACCUUAGGCCUCCAAGGAGAUUUCAAGGCUCUGGAGAGGCUACUUGAAGUUUCACAUAUCAGCUUUCAGACGGAAUGUCUUGAUCGUAUAGACAAUGACUUGAUGCAGGCCAAAACUGUCCUGGUGGAAAUCACAGAGGCAAGGAGAUUGUGUCUUCAGGAGCUUGGGCUCAGAAAGAACUUUGUUAUGUGGGUCAAAGAGGCUCUAGAGGAUAUCAAUGAGCUGAAAGUUUUUGUGGACUUGGCCUCUAUCUCUGCGGGAGAAAAUGAUCUGGAUGUGGAUCGUGUGGCCUGUUUUCACGAUGCUGUUCUUGGUUACGCCCCAAUGCUCUAUGAGCUAAAACCAGAGGCUGGAUUCAAAGCCUUAAAAGAAGUACUGAAAAAGCUGUGGAAGGCACUUGAUAAUGACUGCAACCUCCCCAAAAAGCUGCGUGACACUGCUCGGCACCUUGAGUGGCUGAAGACUGUAAAGGACAGUCAUGGCUCAGUAGAACUGUCAUCUCUCUCAUUGACUUCAGCUAUCAACACUAAAGGCAUAUAUGUUAUCAGUGCACAAAAUCAAAAAAAGCUGACCCUAGAAAAAGUCCUGAAGCUGCAGAUACCAGAGGAGCAUGAGGAGGGCUGUGAGAUGCGAAAUUACUCCUUGGAGGACCUCAGAGAGCUGCAGAACAAAUUAAUGCUCAUGUCUGGCAAAGGGGACCAAGGCCAGUGUGAAGUUGAUCAGUUUGCAGAGGUCUUUGCUAGUGUGCAGAGAUUAGCCGUGGCCUUUAUUCAUCUAUUUACUGCUGGAAAUCCACUGUUCAGAAGUUGGGAGGCUAACAUCAACUGUAACAGUGAAGAAGCAUGCAUUGUCAUGGACUUCAAUUUAGGGGAGGUUGUCAAUGUAAUUAUGGUGGAGGGCAAUGUGGUGGAGCAACUCCCAGAAGUUUGUAAGAAAAUGGAAAGAUGCUUGAACUUUUGGGAAGACUUCAUGGACAAACAAAGAUCACGACAUUACUACCUUAACUACUUCACAGCUGAGCAAAUAGUCUACCUUUGUAGUCAGCUGACUCAGAAAGACUUGACAAAUUUGGAAGACCAGGCUUUCAUGUUGCUGUCCUUUGUUAAACCAGACUGUACCCAUUUAGAUCUGAGACGGACGUGGCAUGAACUUCAGUAUAAGAUGCUGACCAACACGCCUGAGCAAAAUGAUGACUUGGAUUUCCAAACUUUUGUCGAAGUCUCCAUUCCCUCGGAGACAAAUAAAGACCCAGAGUUUGAUUCCUCCUUGUAUGAUAUGUCCAGUCACUUUGGCAAGUCCACUGGUGCAGCCAAGCUAGAUGUGAUUUGGAAUGCUUACAUGAGAGAUAUGAAAAACUUUUUUCCAAGUUCUUUGGAUAUCGGAAGUCUUGGGAGUCUCUUGGAAAUUUUGGCCAACAGACACAGUGAACUAGAAGAUGAUGAAGAGGAGGAGGAUGGAAACUUCAGUAAAAGACAAAGAAUCAUCAGAAGAGAAUUGCCAAAGGGUCUUGCAGUUGGCCAACCAAACCUUAUUGUUUGUCCCCCAGUUGAAAUCCUGACAUCCUGCAUUUCAAUUUACAUGAACAGUCAACAAGAGCCUCUGCCAACCUUUGAUGAGGUACUUCUCUGCAAUCCUUCCACACCGUAUGAAGAAGUGGAGCUAUUCCUCAGACGCUGUUUGACUUCUGGCUAUAAGGGUUCGAAGAUAUACACAAUGCUCUAUGUGGAUCAGCUGACUUAUGAAGUGAGCUUCAGAAUUGAACAGUUCUAUCAGCGUCACAAGAUGCAAAGUAGAAGUGACUUCAGAUUGGUUUUAAUCUGUAGUUCUGAUCGAGAGCAUGCCUACCUACCCUCAGCAUUCAGCCAGUUCAGACUGCAUAUGGUACCCCUUCAGCCAGUUGGCAAUAUUCAAAGGUAUCUUACCUGGCACUACACUGUCCCAUCAGAUCAGUCCAGUGCUGCUGCUGUGUUCAAAGACAGACUUUAUGUUGGCCUAGUGUCCUCCAGAAGAGCAGGUGUUGGCAAAUCACUUUACAUCCAGAGACUGUACGAGAAACUCAAGAACAGUACAAAGAAGCCCUCACACCUGAAGUGUAUCCGAUUGAUUGAGCCAAGAGUCGAUGAAAAUGUUGUUCUCCAGGCCUUGCUCAACACCCCCAAGGAAAAGGAACUCACAAUCUUUCAUCUUGAUAUCACAUCUUCGGUGCAAAAAGGCCUCCAUGAAUUUCUUUUCCGACUUCUCAUAUUGGGGUAUUUGAUGGAUUCUGAAGGAAGGAUGUGGAAAUGCAGCAAUAAGCAUCUAUAUGCCAUUGAAAUACUGCAAACUGGUAGAAACUGGUCAAGAACUGAAUCAAGACCUAAUACAGAUGUCUGCUCAUCCUUUUUGGAUGUGUUUCCAAGCAUCUUUUGUCGCUCUCCAAAAGAAGUCCUUGAGUUGGAGAUGAGAAUUCGCGAGGACCCAUCCUUAGCUGACAUGGAAGACCCACUCAUGGAUGACCAAGAGUUCAGAAGUGAAGCUUAUCAACGCCCAUUUCAGUACCUUAUAAGAUUCCACAAUGGAAGUAGUUUGGACAGCUUCACAUUCAGUGGAGUUGAGGGUACUCAUGUAGAAUGUCUGCAGAUGCUCUUUGUGUACUGUGGUAUGACAGACCCCUCUUGGGCUGAGCUAAGGAACUUUGCAUGGUUCCUGAAUCUACAGCUUCGUGACUGUGAGACGUCAGUUUUCUGUGAUGUUUCUUUUAUAGGAGAUACUCUACAGGGAUUCAAAAACUUUGUGGUGGAUUUCAUGAUACUCAUGGCAAAAGAUUUUGCAACACCAUCCCUGAGCAUCUCAGAUGAGAGCCCAGGGAGGCAGCAGAUGGACCUCAGUGGAGUUAAUGAGGAAGAUCUGGCUCCAUUCCGUAUCAGAAAAAGAUGGGAAUCAGAACCACACCCCUACAUCUUCUUUAAUGAAGACCACAUGUCCAUGACUUUUAUAGGGUUUCACCUUCAGCCUAAUGACCAGAAUGGGGUUGAUGCUAUUGAUCCAUCAACAAGAAGAGUUAUCAGAAAGAACAUCAUGACCACACAACUGUAUGAGGGUCUUAAGCUGCAAAGAGCCCCUUUCAAUAUUGAUUUUGAUCAGCUCCCAAGAGGGGAAAAAAUUGAGCGAAUAUGCAAUGUUUUGGGAAUUCAGUGGCCGCUUGAUCCGGAUGAAACAUAUGAGCUCACCACAGACAACAUACUGAAAAUGCUUGCAAUUCACAUGAGGUUCAGGUGUGGCAUUCCUGUCAUAAUUAUGGGGGAGACUGGCUGUGGAAAGACAAGACUCAUCAAAUUCCUUUGUGAGCUACGAAGGUGUGGAGUUGCCACUGAGAACAUGAAACUUGUCAAGGUUCAUGGAGGGACAAGCUCAGAUAUGAUUUACACCAAAGUAAGAGAGGCAGAAACCAUAGCAUACAUGAAUAAGCAGGAUUAUGGCUUUGAUUCUGUCCUUUUCUUUGAUGAAGCAAACACAACUGAAGCCAUUAGCAGCAUUAAAGAAGUUCUGUGUGACAACAGUGUUGAGGGAGAACGCUUGAUGCCACAUACUGGCUUGCAAAUAAUUGCUGCGUGUAACCCCUACAGGAAACACACAGAUACGAUGAUAAAGAGGCUGGAAUCUGCGGGUUUGGGAUACCGAGUACGAGCAGAGGAUACAGAUGAAAAGCUUGGAUCCAUUCCUCUUCGUCAGCUUGUGUACAGAGUGCAGGCUUUGCCCCCCAGCAUGAUUCCACUAGUGUGGGACUUUGGGCAACUCAAUGACCAAACUGAGAAAAUGUACAUACAGCAGAUUGUCCAGAGGGUGGUUGAAAACCAUUUAAUUCAGGAACACUAUAUCAGAAUCAUUACAGAUGUUCUGUCAGCUUCACAAAAGUACAUGAGGACAAGAAAGGAUGAGUGUAGCUUUGUAAGUCUGAGGGAUGUUGAACGCUGCAUGCAAGUCUUUGUGUGGUUCUACAAAAAUCACUCAAUGCUGCUUUCAGAACUAAACAUGUUUGAGAGGGAUCAGAGAUUUUCCACUCCAAGAAACCCGGUACUUUGGUCCCUUGUGAUGGCUAUUGGAGUGUGCUACCAUGCUUGCUUGGAAGACAAAGACAAGUACAGGAAAAAAAUCAGUAGAUACCUUCCAGAAGCAUAUAACCAUGGGAAACUGAUGCAGGAAAUUUCACUCAUGCAGGACCUCCUUUUGAGUGGUGUCCCACUUGGAGACACUAUUGCUCGAAAUAAUGCUUUGAAAGAAAAUGUGUUUAUGAUGGUGAUUUGUAUUGAGUUGCGAAUCCCCCUCUUCUUAGUUGGAAAACCUGGAAGCUCAAAGUCACUCUCUAAAACUCUGGUUGCAGAUGCCAUGCAGGGCCCAGCAGCCCAUUCAGAUCUUUUUCGAAAGCUGAAGCAGAUUCAUCUGGUGUCAUUUCAGUGCAGUCCUCAUUCUACACCAGAGGGUAUUAUCAACACGUUCAAGCAAUGCGCACGUUUCCAGGAGGGCAAAAACCUGAAUGAAUACAUCUCAGUUGUGGUCCUUGAUGAGAUUGGCUUGGCUGAGGAUUCCCCCAAAAUGCCACUGAAAACUUUGCAUCCUUUACUUGAAGAAGGCUGCAUAGAUGAUCAGCCGCAACCUCACAAAAAGGUCGGAUUCAUUGGCAUCUCCAAUUGGGCACUGGACCCAGCAAAAAUGAACAGAGGAAUCUUUGUGUCACGUGGUGACCCUGAUGAGACAGAAUUGAUUGAGAGCGCAAAAGGCAUAUGUUCCUCCGAUAAAAUGAUCCUUGACAAAGUCAGGGAUUUCUUUCAGCCCUUUGCCCGGGCUUACCUUAAUAUCUGCAAGAGACAGGGGAAAGGAUUUUUUGGCUUACGUGACUACUAUAGCUUGAUCAAGAUGGUGUUUGCCAUUGCUAGAGCUUCCCGACAGAGGCCUAAUGCAGAGCAGAUUGUAGAAGCUGUAUUGAGGAACUUCAGUGGCAAAGAUAAUGUGAAUACUGUUACGGUUUUCAUCGUCAGGCUUCAAAUCAAACCAAACCUGGAAAGCAUCAGUGCUAUCGAGCUUGUGAGGCAGAACAUCAGUGCCAUCGGUCAAGAUGAGGACUGUCGGUAUCUGCUUGUUCUGACCAAAAACUACGCUGCCUUACAGAUACUGCAGCAGACAUUCUUCUCUGAUCAGCACCAACCUGAGAUCAUCUUUGGUUCAAGUUUCCCAAAAGACCAGGAAUACACUCAGAUUUGCCGCAACAUCAACCGAGUAAAGAUUUGCAUGGAGACUGGUCAGACCAUUGUGCUCCUGAACUUGCAAAACUUGUACGAAAGUUUAUAUGAUGCACUCAACCAAUACUAUGUCUGCCUUGGGGGUCAGAAAUAUGUGGAUCUGGGGCUGGGGACCCAUAGGGUCAAAUGCAGAGUGCAUAAAGACUUCAGACUCAUUGUCAUUGAGGAGAAGGACAUUGUCUACAAGCAGUUUCCCAUUCCGCUGAUCAAUAGGUUAGAGAAACAUUACCUGGACAUCAAUACUGUGUUGAAAAAGGAACAAAAAGAGUAUGUCAAAGAGCUGGAAAAAUGGGUAGAGCAGUUUAUCUGUCUUAAUACCCAGCAUUCAGUUGCUCCACAGGCACAUAAGUACCUGCCACCUGAUGUUUUCAUUGGCUAUCAUUCUGAUACCUGUGCAUCUGUGGUCCUUCAAGUAACAGAGAGACAGAAAGGAGGGAUGGACCACUCUGAUUCCCACAGACGACUGCUGGAUGAGGCCAAACUCAUCCUUCUUAAUUGUGCAACUCCAGAUGCAGUCGUGCGAUUGGACUCAACAGCUCUUUCCAGAGUAGAGAGUGAAGAGCUGGCAAAGGUCUACUUUGAAGAGCAGAAGCAUAGCUCCUUGGCAGACUUUAUUCUCUGUUCUACACAGCAGGAGCAGUGCUGCCAUGCCCAUUUCACUGAGGUGACGACCUUCUCUCGACUUUUGACAGCAGCAGACAUUGUGCAGCUUCAGGAAAUUGUUCCAAAUGUUGAGCUCAUCUCAUUGGAGCAGUUUGACACAGAGUAUUCUUUCCUUAAGAAAAUCAGAAACUUUUUGGAUCAUACAAGUGGAGACACGAUCCUCCUGGUUCAAACUGAUUUUGAUGAAGCCUCACAGAGCUCAAAUCUAAUUGCAUCAGCAAAGUAUUCAGCAAUUAAUGAAAUCAACAAAUCCAGGCAAAUGGAUGACAAAGUGUUUGUCUACUUCAUAACAAAGUUGCCGAGAAUGGAAGGUGGUACAUCUUAUGUUGGAUUUCAUGGAGGUCAGUGGAAAUCGGUCCACAUUGACGACCUCAGACGAUCAAAGGAUAUUGUCUCAGACAUAAAAGCCUUGCGAAGUCUGACCAUCAGCGAGCUCUUUGAGGAAAACGGAAAUGAGCCUGAUGCUAUGGAAGUGGAAAGCAUGUAUGAAGACACAGAAACACAUGAAAUGGAGCAAGAGGGCAGCACUUUGAGUGGCAGAGAGAACGCAGUGGAUACCACAGCACUGGUCCGUAGCUGCGUUCAGAAUGCAGUCAGCAUGCUCAGAGAUCAAAAUGAAGCUGGAGCUCGCAGUGCCAGGAGAGUAGAGAUUCUGCUGAUGCUGCUUAAUGACAAUGAAGAACUGAACGCUUCAUUUCUGAGAACUGUGAAGAAGCGUCUUCAUUCUCUGUUGCUGGAGCAUGAUAAAAACAGUGUCUCAGCUAAGAAUUGGGUUUUCAAAGAGGCAUCCAACCUUGAUGCCCUCCAAGAGGGGGGAACCUUUAGACACACCUUGUGGAAGAGAGUGCAAGCUGUGGUUGUUCCAUUUUUGGCUCAGUUGGUCUCAGUUAUUGACAGAGACUGUAAUUUGGACCUUUUGCUGGAUGCAAACUGUGGGGAGUCUGUGAAGAAACUGUGGCUUGAAAUCUUUAAGAAUGAAAAUUUUUUGAAUAUUUCAUACUCAAGACUUGAGCAAAAUUCAGAGUCAAAGACUAUCCUGGUCCAGAACUACAUUGCAGCUGAGAGAAACAUGGGCUGCAUCAUGCCCUUCAGCUGGCGAAUCAAAGAUCACCUGGAAGAGCUGUGGGUUCAUGCUCUACAGCGUGAAGGUCACUCCCAGAGGCAGUUUGAGGAUUUCUUUUGGCGGACUGCGCUGGGGAGAUACAUCAAGGCUGAUGAGGAAAUGCAGGCUGAGUUUUUUCAAAGGUACCUUCAGGAUUUCGUCUCCAUGACCAUGAAUGUGAUGUCAGAAGUUGAGCUACAGCUGCUAUGUGGAGCUUUGAAUUGCUGUGUUAAUGAGAUGAGAGUGAGGGAGGAAGCCAUGGAGAAUGACAUCAUCUCACUGCCCUGCAUCCAUCUUGCCUACCAUGAGUACAAGAAUCGCCUGCAGAACCUCUCCAGAAUGAUCACCAUAGAGCCACAGAUUGCUCAAGUGCUCCUUGGAAACACCUAUGCCAGACAAGGUGUAGAACUGGUUUUGGAUGUGUAUGCUGCUGUGGCCUGUGUGGAGUAUUUGGAGCCUCAGGCUCUAGAUACAGACGCUCAGUGCCUCGCUUGGCUUCGGAAAGUGAAGAAACUCCAAGUGCCAAUUGAGCUGAUUUGCUCUGAAGAAAGUGUCCAGCACUAUGGAGAGAGGAGCAAAGCAAUGGUUUCCCGUGUCCAGCAAGGCUGGAGCCGCAUCUACUCCCUCUCUCUGUUUGUGGAGCACAUGCUGCUGGGGAUAGAGGAUGUUGAGAGGAAUCUCAAGCCACUAGUUCUUGAACACACCAGAGGCUUGGGCCAAGUUCUGGAGAAGAACUCGGACCUAAAGAUGAAGCAGCCGUUUGAGGCGGUGAUCAACAUACUGAAGGCUUGCAAAGAUGGAGCAAAUGAGCGUAUUUUUCGAUUUGGUCACCAACCAUGUCCUGUGUGUAUGGGGGAGCCUCAGGAACCUCUCAGCUUACCCUGUGACCACAUCUACUGUCUGGCCUGUAUCAAAAAGUGGCUGAUUGCAGGUCAGAUGUACUGUCCUCUCUGCAUGCAACCAGUCCCUGAUGACUUUGACCUCAUGCCUUCGGAGAAAACUCGAAUCCUCAUCAGUAAGAAUUCACAAUUCAGGAAACAGUGCAAUGCCUUCUUCAUCAACCUGGUCUCUACGAUGUGCUUUAAGGACAACUCUCCACCCUCUAAAGCCAUCAUCCUGCACCUGCUGUCCUUCCUCAUGGUGGAGCCAGGUUCACUCCCUGCUAUCAAGGGCCGUGAUCGCCGUUUCUUAACAAAAGCCCUUUCUCCAUUUGAUGACUCUGUGGACAAAAAUCCUGUUGUACGCUCUGUAGUGCUUAAACUCCUGCUUAAAUACAGCUUUGAUGAUGUCAAAGGUUACUUACAACACCACCUGACAGCAGUUGAACAGAGCAAGAUUGUUGAGGAAAAGGACAAAACUGAACUCUAUUCUCUGUACAUAAACUGCUUGGAGGACUCCAUGUACGAGAUGACUCAGUGGCACUCCCAGGGAGAGCAGCAGAACCGUCUGCAGGAUGAAACAGCUUUUCUGCUGCACUUCCUACAGUCAGGUGUGGUGUCUGCUCAGAUAGCCACUGUAGAACACCUGCAACAAGUAGCAAGAGUCCGUCUGUGUCUGGACAUGGCUGCAGACCUGCUGGUCACAGGUGACUGUACACAGGAGCAAACUAUGCCUGCAGUCCCAGAGUUUUUGAACAGUGUGGUACAUCUGUGUCAACGGAGUGGGAAUGACUGGUACAGAGUCUACCUCAUCAGGAAGAUCUGCAGUACAUGGGGCAUUGAAUUUGUUCAGAAGCUUCUAGACAAAGCAGAUUUCAGAUGGAUGUUUCCAGAGGAAGUUCUUCAGGAUAGGCAAGAUGGCAGCCAGAUUGACCAAUUCCUAGUCAAUGGGGAGCACUACAAAACUAUCAGAGAUGCUGUGGCCAAAGCAAUGCUGGAGGGCAAAAUGGAGAAAAUUGAAGAGGCUUGUGCGAGCUGUACGUGUCUACCACUAAAGAAACCAGUCUAUCUGAUGCUGGCCCUGUUCAGAGAAGUCACGUCUCUUUACAGGGCAGUCAGUCCAAAUAACCAUCCUAAGCCUGAGCAAUGCCAGAAACUGGAAGAGUUCAUCAAGAGUUCCAAAGUCCUUGCUAGCCCAGAGAUGAAAGCCUUUGCCCAAGCACUGGUGUUUAACCGGCUGGGUCCUUUGCAUUUACAACCUGAUGCAUCUGGUGGUGAACAUGUGAUUGUGGAGCUGACAGUUCACCUUGCUGCAGUUCUCCUUUCUGGGAACCAGGGAGUCCUGGUACCCCUUCAGCAGCUUGCCAUGUCCCCAGCCAACAUGCAGAGAUCCUUCAUACCCACCAUGCCAGAUGACAUGCUUGCCAUAGCACAACAGGCAUUGGGACAGUUGCAGUGGUACCACUGUCCGAAUGGCCAUCCGUGCACUGUGGGUGAGUGUGGUCAGCCCAUGCAAGUGAGUCGCUGUCCAGACUGCAAUGCACAGAUAGGAGGACAGGACCACAGGCCUCUCCAAGGCUUCACUGCUGUUCAGUUACAGGGUGACCGUACUCAGUCAGGACACAUACUGGGAGACCCCAGUCGCAGGGACAAUCCAGACAUGCAAGACACAAAGAACUUUUCUCCUGCCCCCUUUUCCCUACUACGACUGCUUACUCACAUGGCCAUGCUGCUGGGAACCUCUAAUCACCGCCAGGAUAUUAUCCAAAUCAUCAAAUCAGCUGUCCAGGAUCCUGGUAAAUUUUUAAUGGCCCAUUUGCUGAAGGACAUGGAGCAGUUGAGCAGAGCUUUAGGGAAGGGAGCUGAUGAUACUGUCUGCACCGCUCACUUGACUGUUUCCAGCCUGCUAGAGCCGUACCAGCCCAGCCAGUGGCCAGUACCUUAUGACAAUUUCCUCUCAACCAAAGACAGCCGAAAUGGAUGGGAAAAUGCUGUUAAUAUUGACAUUGUCUCCCCUCUGCUCAAGAAUCUGGAGCGGAGACUCAGGGAGGUUAAUACUUUUGUCAGGGAGGAUGAGCGUGUCUCCUCCAACCCCAUCAUGAAGCUCACGUUUGGGGAACCUUCGUUCUUCUUGCGUUCUCUGCCACAACAAUCACUGAUCCACAGUUCCACUGUGUGGAGCUGUCGGGAGAAGGUCUCUUUGGUCAGCUUGGCACACAUUGUGGAGCAGAGUGAUGGAAAGGACACCAUGCCCGUGCUCUGGAGGUUCUUGCAGAAGGAACCUGAGCUGCGGUUGGUGAAGUUCCUCCCUGAUAUACUUGCUCUUCAGAGAGAUCUGGUGAAGAAGUUCCAGAACAUGACAGACUUAACAUUCAGCACCAUUGCAGAAUUCAUCCAGGGUCAUAAAGCAGAUUCACUGACAGCUUGGUAUGAGAAACGAAUCAAGAUUUUCCUGUUGACUUGGAAUCAGCUCAGAGUGUCCCUGGCCACUAAUGGUGAAAUAAAGCUCCCAGGACAGUUUUGUAAGGAUCUGGAUCUCAGCAGUGAUAUCCAGGUCCUGCUGCCUCGUCGUCAGGGAUUAGGCCUCUGCUCCACAGCUUUGGUCAGCUACCUCAUCUCUCUGCACAAUGACCUGGUCUACACCAUGGACAGGCACACUGGAGAAGAGACAAACUACACAGUCAGCCCAGCAGACUUGACAGAUCUGCACGUGAUCAGGUAUGAGGUGGAGAGAGAUCUGCUUCCCCUGGUUCUGUCUAACUGCCAAUACAGUAUGGAGCGUGGCCAUGAAACCAUGAUUGAGUAUGACCUGCCCAAGAUCCAGCAGCAGGUUCUGACCCGUUUCCUGCAGGGCAAGCCCCGCAUCACGCUCAAUGGAAUUCCAACUCUGGUGAACAGACAUGACCGGAAUUACGAAAAUCUUUUCAACGAUCUGAAAUCUAAGAUUGAACAAGAGUCUCUGCCUCCUCUAAGUCAGUCUGCCUUGGCUGGGGAGCUACAGUCCUAUAGUGAUGUGUGUGAAGCCUUGUCCACAGUGGAGCUGGCCCUAGGCUUCCUGGCCAUGACAGGAGGAGAAGCUAACAUGCAGCUGGGCAGAUACCUGGAAGACGUGCUGCAGAUGGAUGACCAGAAGGCCCCACAUGUCUUCAAGGCCUUGGGCAGAAGCUGUCUGAAACACUGUGUGUCUCUGUGGCAGCUACUCAGCUGCCUCAAAUCAGAAACCAUGCUACGGUUGAAGAGGGAUCCGUUUGUGGGGAUAUCUCAGGAGUACAAGCAGGUUCUCAGAGAAGAGGAGAGGAAACACCUCACUGGCUUCUUCACUAAAGCCAGCGCUGACACCUUCAUAUUGGAGAUGCACGAAUUUCUACUGCUGGUUCUGAAGAACCCACAUGCCACCGACACCUUUAAGCCAGACUGGAGCUUGAGGGACACAGUGAUGUCGUACAUGGAGCGCAAAGACUUAGACGUCCCACCUGAUGUUGAAGAGCACUUCCCUGAGGAAAUUCUCCUCUCUCAGUACAUUGAGGCGUGGAAGUUCAUGGUGGUCCUGAAACAGGAGAGAAAUCAAAGAUAAAUUUGAUGUCAAGCGCUUCCUUAGUGAUCAUUUUUACCAUGCCUCCACGCAGGCAUAUGAAGCUGCUGCAGCCAAUAUUUUAGAGUGUUAAUCUGGUACAAAUGUUUAAAAAACAAAAUCCGUGUUGUUUUACAGAGCCAUGUGAAAGCGGUGCCUUUUUGUUCAAAAUGCCAUUGAGGAGCAAUGACAUGCAAUAUUCUGCUUGGUUUUGAUAUAUGUUAUACUGCUUUGAUAUCAG